ACUCUAGAGUCGGUUCAAGUCGGUUGGGCCCACGGACAUAGGAAAUAUUAUGUCUAUGUCCACGACACGAUACAUACUUGGUGAAAACCAGUGAAAACCCUCGAAUCCAUUGCAGUCAAAAGAAGAAUCCGCUGAUCACGAUGGGUACCUCAAAAGGAGUCCUAACAACAGAAUUCAUACAUGAAUUACGUGAUGCAUUUUACGAUAAUAAACAAAACAUUUUGGCACAAAAUGUAUGUACAAGGACCAAUCCCAUCGAGGCUUGUAUUUCGCGAAAAGUAUUGGAACAGACCCAACACGUUUUCACUCAUAAAAUCGAAAUGGAAGGGAAGCCCAUGACAAAUCAAAAAACUUCUGGGCGAUGUUGGUUAUUUUCAAUUUUAAAUGUUAUAAGAACUGCCUUCAUUAAGCAGUACAAUUUGGAUGAAUUUGAAUUUAGUCAAGCUUACCUAUUUUUCUGGGAUAAGGUCGAACGGUGUAACUAUUUUUUACAUAAUAUUGUAAAAAGUGCACAACGACACGAACCAGUAGAAGGCCGCUUAGUAUCAUUUUUAUUACACGAUCCUGUUUGUGAUGGUGGACAAUGGGAUAUGAUUGUUAACCUUAUAAAUAAACAUGGUCUCGUCCCUAAAGUAUGUUUUCCAGAAUCAUACAGUUGCGAAUCUAGUUCCCGUAUGAACAGUAUUUUGAAAAGUAAACUCAGAGAGUACUCUAAAGUAUUAAGAGACUUAGUAGCGAAUGGAGCAUCAGAAGACAAACUGGAAUCUGAGAUCGCAGACCAAAUGCAUGUUCUUUAUCGAAUAAUUGGUAUUUGUUUGGGUAUACCUUCGGAAACGUUCACUUGGGAAUAUUACGAUAAGUCCAAGAAUUAUAAUUGUAUGGGACCAAUUAAACCUGUGGAAUUUUAUGAGAAAUACGUGAAACCGUAUUACGAUGUGAAUGACAAAAUAUGUUUAGUAACAGAUCCAAGGGAAUCUAAUCCAUGGAGAAAACUUUAUACGAUAGAUUAUUUAGGAAAUGUUGUGGGUGGAAGAUCUACAUUAUACAAUAAUCAACCACCUUCAGUAUUAAUGGAAUUAUGUGCAGAAAGUAUCAAACAAAAUGAACCUGUAUGGUUUGGAUGCGAUGUAAACAAAAGAUUAAUAGGCAAACAAGGUAUAGAGGAUAUGAAUGCUUAUGAUUUCUCUCUGAUGUUUGGAACAAACAUUCAGGUCAAUCUCACAAAAGCAGAUAGAUUACUUUAUGGAGACUCUAUGAUGGUUCAUGCAAUGGCAUUUACAGCUGUUUCGAUUGAUGAUGAUGGCAAAAUUAAGAAGUUUCGAGUGGAAAAUUCAUGGGGUGAUGAACAUGGUCAAAAAGGGUAUCAAUUAUUAACCGCUGAAUGGUUUAACGAAUUCGUUUUCGAAGCAGUUAUCGAUAAAAAAUUAGUACCUGCAGAUAUUUUGUCUGUAUUUGAACAAGAACCCACUGUCUUACCUGCAUGGGAUCCUAUGGGUACUCUUGCUCACUGAUAGUAAUGUAAGCUUAAACAUUUAAAUAUGAAGUUUUUUGAUUAAUAAAAUGUGUAUAAAGCAUUCAAGAUUGAAUGUAAAAUAAAAUUUUAAGCACACUGGUACAAUAAAGUACAACAAAUUAAGAGUUUGACAUUUUCAUAGUUACUCAUCAACAAUCAAGAAAUAAUUUUAGGAAGUUAAAUUAUAAGAUAUUGAAUUAUCUCAUCUAAAAUCCUAUUGGAUGUAAUUAAAGUAAUAUACAUUUCUACAAUUAAAUAAAAUAUUAACAAUCUACAUUUAACAUAGUUCCUAAAAUUUAAACUUAUUGAUUGUGUAAUCUAAUUUUUAAUUUAUUUUUUAGAAGUAACGUUCGGUUAGAAUUUAUAAGUCAAGUUUUGUUUUACGUUUUUGGUUACUACCAUAGAUUUUAUUUACAUUUGAGUUAACUGCAAUAUCUGGAAUACAUAUAUUGAAUUUAAUACGUUUUCUCCAACGGUAUUUUCUUGGAAAUUUUCAUUUUUAAUGUUAUAGGAAAAAUAGGUAUAUUGACUUUUCAGUUAUACUCUGUGAAUUUAGAUACAUGUGGAGUCCUAUUUUGACAUUUAAAUAGUUAAAAAUUAAAACAAACAAUAAUUGUAUGAAAUCAAUAAAAAUAUUUGCAGAUGUAAGAGA